GGAGAUUGGUCAGUGUGAUCAGUGUAUUCAAGUAUAAUGGAGAAAUUUAUAAGUAUUAAAGAUUUGGAAGAUGCAGCAACUGCAUUGCUUCCUAAAGCUGCUAGGGAUUAUUAUAAAAGUGGAGCCACUGACGAAUACACUCUAGCAGAAAACAAACGUGCCUUUCAAAGACUUCGAAUUCGGCCAAAAUGUUUCGUUGGAAUUACACAUUUCGAUCUACAAACCACUAUCUUGGGAGAGAGAGUGACCAUGCCAGUUGGAAUUUCUCCUACUGCAAUGCAGAGAAUGGCACAUCCUGAAGGAGAAACUGCUAAUGUCAAAGCUGCACAAGCCGAAGGUGUAAUUUAUACAUUGAGCACUAUUUCUACUAGUUCCAUAGAAGAAGUCGCUGAGGCAGCGCCAAGUGCAAUUAAAUGGUUCCAGCUUUAUAUUUAUAACGACAGAGAAAUCACGAAAAAACUUGUUUUAAGAGCUGAGAAAGCAGGAUUUAAAGCAAUUGCUCUAACCGUAGACACACCUAUUUUCGGUUUAAGAAGGGCAGAUGUAAGGAACAAAUUUACCCUACCGCGUCAUUUGAAAUUAGCGAACUUUGAUGGUCACUUAUCGACGAAAAUUCACAGCACUGCCGAUGGCAGUGGUUUAAAUAACUAUGUCAACAAUCUAUUCGAUAAAACACUAACAUGGGACGAAGUUAAAUGGUUGAAGAGCAUUACAAAGCUCCCUAUAGUAGCUAAAGGAAUAUUGCGCGGUGACGAUGCAAUAAAAGCUGUUGAAGCCGGCUGCUCGGGUAUUUUAGUGUCAAACCAUGGCGCCAGGCAACUUGACGGAGUGCCACCAACGAUCGAAGCCUUGCCUGAAAUAGUUGAAGCCGUUAGAAACUACAACGUAGAAGUAUAUCUAGACGGUGGCGUCUCAAGUGGGACGGACGUUUAUAAAGCAUUAGCUCUUGGCGCGAAAAUGGUGUUUGUCGGUCGUCCAGCUUUAUGGGGACUUACUGUUGGAGGACAAGAGGGCGUUCAAAAGAUGCUGAGUAUUCUGCGCAAAGAAUUAGAAUUCACACUGCAAAUAGCAGGAACACCAACAGUUCAUGAAAUCACAAGGGACAUGGUUCGUCAUGAAUCCACUUACAGCAGACUAUGAAAGUGAAUAUUAUAUUUUAGUUACUUAAGGACAUGGACUUCCCAACCUGGUUGGGGAGAAUAAGAAUACUUUCCAUUAUUUAUAUAAUUUAUUUAUAUUUCUUAGAGCCUCAUCGUUUGUUAAUAAGCUUACGAUAUAGACUGUAUAAUAGAGAAGGCGUCAUAUAUUUCUCGUUUGGCCAAAAUGUCCUUGAAAUUUUCUGAAAAGAAAUACAAUAUUAUGAAUGUUGAAAUUUUUUAAUAAAGUUAUUAUUUCAUAAU